CGCCCCCUCACCACCAGAAGACCAAGGUUCGCCCCCUCACCACCAGAGGGCCAAGGCGUUAUACAAGAACACCAUAAUAACAGCCGAAGUUUCCGAGCAUAGUGUGUGUAUACCAUCACUGCAGCAGCAGCAGCAGCAGGGUUACUAUGUUUGGGCAAGAGGUAGAGAAUGUUGUUACCAGGCUUUGUGCAAGUCAGAAGUUGGAACGAGACCGGGCAGUUGCUGACCUGACUUUGAAGAUCAAGUCCUUUUCACCCGAGUUGAUCGAGAGUUUACAAAAGGCCCUUUUGAAUAUUGUCUCGGAUUCUUCCAGCCCAUGGGAGAGCAAGCAUGGUUCCCUCUUGGGACUGCGGGUGUUAGUUUUGGCAGCCAAAUUGGAUGUUGAGAGCCAACUCCAAUUGGAUGUUCGACAUGCAUCUGUUAAAUUGCUCACUGACCAGGAAGUAAGAGUGAGACAGGCAGCAGGAGAAGUAUUAGGCUCACUGUGUGAAAACGAUGAAGGUGCCACUUACGCCUCGUGCCGAUCACAUGUACUGGAUUUGGUUCGUUGUAAUCUAGAGAGAGAGAUGACUGAUGAUGAAGCCUCAAGAAAUGAACAUGAAACUACAAGGCAACUGAUGGAGAAGCUUUCUGCAGGAACACGAGAGAGAAGAAACAGUGCUGAUGCGGCACAAAUUUUUCACGACACUGCUGGGUGGCGAAACCUGGAAACAAGCAUGAAGUGUCUCGAACACAUGAUAGCUGGUACUGGACAGAACUUUAUACCUUACAUUGACCAAGAUCUGCUGACCCUAAUUUUUAAGGCUCUAAGUCACACCAACCGUUUUGUGAGGGAAACUGGCUUCAGUGUGUGUGCUGCUCUGGUGUCGUGUGGGGCGUAUGAAGGAGCAGAGUUGCUGGAGACGAACCCAUUAUUUCUGUAUGGUGACCAGUUGUCUCGCCACUUGGGUCAAGGUCUGGCUGAUAAUUGGAGUCAGGUACGCUUGGCAGCACUAGUGGCAACUCGUAAGUUUCUGAUGUCCCUUCCACCAACAGCCAGAGAACGCUUCUUUCCUGUGUUGCUGCCAAGGCUUUGUCUUAAUAGGUAUUAUGCUGCUGAAGGAGUAAGAUUAUAUGCACAGGAGACAUGGAGACAAGUGGCUGGCUCAGAAGGGAAGGCUCUGGUGGAAAAAUACAUAGACCCAGUAGUAAGCUACUACAUAGACGCUACAAGGGCAGAUAAUCAUGCAGUUCGUGAAGCAGCAUGUGCGUGUAUUGCAGAAUUGGCUCUUAAAAUUGCUGUUGAUGCUGUGCGUGCCCAUGUACCAGACUUGUUACAUGCCUUAACUAUAUGCUUCAAUGAUGACUCGUGGCCUGUCAGAGAUGCUGCAUGUGUUGCUUGUGGCAACUUCAUCCUUUGCUUCCCAGAAGAGUCUCAGGGCACCAUGGCAGACCUCUACCCGCUCUUCUUCAACAACCUCCAGGACAACAUUACCUCAGUACGCCAAGGAGCAGCAAUUGCUAUUGCUAACGUUGUUCGGGCUUAUGGCAAGGAUGUUUUACCCAUGAUUAUCGAGAAGAUGCAGGAAGGACUAAAAGGCGUUGAGGAUCAGCCAUCUGAAAUUGAGAAGUAUGGCGACUUGGAAAGUGGUCCGGCUAUGUAUGGCGUUGUGAAGAGGAAGAGAGACAAUGACAUGGAUCUCCAUUCAAAUAAACAGAUGUAUUCGUGUGGUUCACUAGCCCCUAAGAUGGGGCGAGGAGGAGGUGGGUGCACCGAAUGCAAAUUCAGGCGGCCACCACAACUCUGGGAAAGAGCUGAUGGAUGUGUGUUCUUGAUAAGUGAGAUAGCUGGAGUGUCUGGUACUACUGAAGAAGUCAUUAAGUGUUUACCCCUCUUGGCUGAAGCUGUUCAACACAAACACUACACUGGCCACGUCACUCUUCUAGAGACGCUCUGUAAGACUCUCCCACUACUUGGCAAGGGUUUAGGAAAGCGAGUCUUCAAGAGUCACCUUCGUCUAUUUCUGGAUGCUAUAUUUUAUGCCCUGGAAUGUGAAAAUGCUCUGACAUCUUCUGCAGCAAGCCAGUGCUUGACGCAACUUUCGCAGUUCCUUGGUCCGAAUAUCCUUAGGGGUCGUGUCGAGGAGCACAAUCCAAGCUAUCUGAAGGCCCUGGAUGCUAACAGCUUCACGGCUCCCCUGUGAUGGGUGAACAGUGGGUUACUGUUCACUGGCAGUGCUGACUGGUUGUUGAUCUCCAUCCUCACCAUAUCCAAGUCAUUGAGAUUCAUCAGUUUCCUUCAUGAUAGCUGUGGUAAUCAGAUCGGUGCACUGGUAUGAAGUGUUGGAACAGUAGUGAUAGGUAAUAAUUUCAGGUGUAAACUGCAAGAUUUUUCAUUUAACAUUUUGUGGUACACUCCAAUUGUAGAGUAUAUACAAUAUCUAGUAGUAAAGCAAUUAACAUAGAUUGUAUUUAUUAUUAUUAUUUUAUAUAUAUACAGUAUAUAUAAUACAUAAAAUAAGUGUAAUGUAUGUUAACCACUUUACUACUAGAUAUAUUUAGAUAUGUGAUCACCUAAUAGUUGGCAUUCUUGUGGUCUAGGUUACUCGAAACUUCAUAUGUAGUCCAAUAAUCUCUUAAAAUGACCACAUGGUUAUGGGAGAUUACACAAUGUUUGAAAUACUUCAUAUUCAAGUUAUAAUAUUUCAAUAAAAAUGAGCUUGAAGAAAAUUACCCGGUGAAAAGAAAUAUAUAUAUAGUUUGCAAAAAACUAUCUCUCCUUGUUUUGUGUGUUCAUUGGUGCUAUACGGUAAUACCAGGAAUGUGUAUACAUGUAUACAGAUCACCCAAGGCUCUUGAUAUUUGAAAUAUAUUUGAUCAUAACAUCUAAACCAAAGCAGCAGUUAUGGGAAAACAAACUGCACAGAUCUGUAUGAUUUGUGAUGUAUAUUACUGGACAGCCAUAAAGAGCACUUUUGUGUCAAUAAAUUGUACCCAAAUAUUUUUAUAAUAUUAAUAUGAUAAGCGAGAGGCAAGAAGUGUUAAUUUUUGUAUCGGCUUACGGCACAGCUUGACGGGCUCCCCUUUUUUAUGACGCCAAGUUAGCUUGGCCAACACCUUUGCUGUGAAACUAAGAUAGCUUGGCUGACACCUGUGCUGUGAAACAAUAUAGCCCAGUUGACACCUUUGUUAUGAAACCAAUAUAGCUUGGUGGACACCUUUGCUAUUCUUUUUUACACUAUUCUUUUUUAAUGUUGAGAUACAUUAUCUUUCAACCUUUGAACUAAAUUUAGAAUUGUCAGCCAAGCCUGCUUGACUCAGGAUAAAAAUUGGUGUUCAUACAUUGAAAAAUGCCAUGUUUGUCUAGCAUAAUCAUGAUAUAUUUACAAUACUAAAUAAAAAGGUAUUAUAGGGUGGAUUAGUAUUUAAAUAUAUAUUGUAACUGAUUAUCAAGAUUUUUUAUUUACAAAAUAAAACCAAAUACAACAUUUUAGAAAGAGAACAUUUUUCUGAAACCAGAAGUUGUACUUGUAUUGCUAAUGUUCAUUAGAAUACAGGAACAUUCCCCCCCCCCCCCCCCCAAGCUAUCUGUAUUUAUUCUAUGCACCUAAGUACUGGGUAUUACUUUAUAACAAAUAUUUUAGGCUGUAGCAUAUAAGGGUUUUCUGAAGAAGGUAUUUUGUUAUGCUUCCUCCACCUAAAUUUAUAUUGAGAAAGAGUACAGAGUAUGAAAAUGUUCUUCUAUUGUAGUAUCAGUUCUAUUGUAAAGUCAGUUCUACAGUAUACUGUAGAACUGAUUCACCACUUCAUUACACUUUCUCAUUAGUACUGAGUCAACAAAAGAGCUGUAAUUUUCAUUGACUUUCAGCUUUGUUUCCCAAUAGUUCAAUUCAAACUCCUCCAUUGGUUGUAAGAAUAUUACUGUUACCAUACUUCAGCACUUGUUUUGAAACUUUCUUUCUUGCUAAUUUAUAUCUGACUACCUUACUGUAAGAAUUUUGUUGGCCUGCUGUCACUUACUUCCCCUUAGAAUGUUUUGAUGUUCAGGAUUGUAAAUUUUGCUUUCCCACUCUUUGAGUUGGUUGUCUCAAUAAUAUCCUUUGUGAACUGGCCUUCUUUAACAUCACUCAUAUAAUUUAUGUUUUCCUGUUCUUCUAUUGAUAUCCUGAACGAUAUUCUGUUACAGUAUAUAAAGUGCUGUGUAGGUAUAGCUUUUCAGGCUUAGCAUUUUGAAAUAAUUACUUGUAUCUUUGUCACCAUGUUCCUACAGAAAACUCAUUCAAACUUUUCAAAUGCUUUCGGUAGUUUAAAACUUUUAAAGGAGCACCCGACACAUUUGUCAUGUAAUUUCACAUGCCGAUUUGGCUAUCGUGGGAUACCCACUUGAACUGAGGAACAAGAAUAUGCCACAAGAUGAGUAAUACCGUCAACAAGCACAUAUAUAUAUGCAGGAAGGUAGACGGAAAGAAGCAUAACAAGAUAUAAAGGCACAAAAAUAUAAGAUAAAGCCUUGCUGCAGAAAUGGGGUUAUGCAGGUACAUACCCAAGUAUGUGUGUUAAAAAUAAGUUACAUAUGUUUACAGGGUAGUGAUUGUUGUGGGGCUCCUUGUACACAGCAGUUUUGCCUAAAUGGGAAGACAAUAUUUACUGAUAAGACCAUAUGAAAGGGAAGACAAUUAGAACCAAUAUCUGUGGCACAAUAGUAUAAAUGUAGCUUAGAAACCAAUUACUUACUUGCCUAAGAGUAGCGCUUAUGUUGGUGGCUGUGGCAAACCUGCAUUAUUGUUGUUCUAUUCUAUAAAACAGAUUCUGUAUUAAAAGGAAGAUCUGUUACUAUUGUCAUGUACAAGAUAUAAUCUAACAGUCAAUGCAAUGUCUUAAGGUAAGUAUCAUUUUAUAGCACAGUAAAAAUAUUGCCAUUUAUAUUAGGCAAAUUUGUCAAGAUAGAUUUUUUUUUUCUAUCAAGAAUUGACACAAAACUUACAUAUGAUUUAGUAUCCUUGUGGUUAGUGUCUGACGUGUCACUAUGCUUUACAUCCUCACACGAGUUGCAUCUCAUAGCCUUCCCUGUGUCUUCCCUAUACUGUGUGUGAUCGCAAAAUGUACAUUAAGUCAGUUGCCUUUGAUUUAAUUGUUAAAGCACUUUUAUCCCUUCUGUGUUGCAUUUUACUUUCAGAUAGCAUAGAGAACAAAUAAUGUUUUCAUUGUAUUAUUUCAUGAAACCAUGGUUUCAGAAUAUUCCUGUAAAUCUGGCUACUAUAUAUAAUAAUCUAAGUUACUUGGAAUCGUGUAAGCAUUUAGUUUGCAGUUGUUUUGAGCAGCUAUCUAAAGGCAUGAUUGAAAUUUACAUUAAUGAAUAACUUAUUUUAAACUGAUUAUUAGAGGCUAGGCAGUCUAGUAUUAUAGUACUAGCUAAUCCCUGCAGAAACUGCACAAAAUGCAAAGAAUAGACAUAAGAUUGUUUUAAAGCGAACUGAAAUGCAUGUAAGGCAUGCCUAUGAGUACGACUCUGGUAAUGGUGCUUAAUCAAAACAAUUCAAGUAUGUAAAAAUACCCAAGUGUUAAGCAAAUUCAGUCUUUUUGGUCUUUACAGUUAUCAGCAAAGUGCUCUCUAGACUGCCAUGACCCAGUGGAUGACACUAAUUUACUGUUGGACAGAGUUUGAUAAAAAAAAAUGGUUUAACAGAUACCUUGUUUUCAAUAUUCAGGUUUGCUCAAUCAGGCAGUGUGAAAGUAUCUUGAUAUGUGCACUGAAUGUUCCAAGGCCAUAGUCCGAGGCCAAUUUACAUAGUCUUAUCCCAUAGCUAUGGAAAUUCAACAUUGGUUGUAUCAUUGGUAGGUAAAGAUUGUCGAGCUUUGCUGGGUUCCCAGCCUUGAUGUUGCCUCCAGUGACCUAGCAGAUGCAGCUGUUAAGACGCUGUUUGUACCUCUGCCAUGUCCUAUAAGCCAAUUCUUUGUGCAGAUUAAUACCCACUCAUUUGUAAUGUGAUCUGCAACCACUUGAGUGAUAGCCGGUGAGUUGCUAUGUAUAACACAUUAUACACUAUCAAGUAUGACAUAUCCUCAUGGCCUUCCUCCUGUCACUGAAACAGGAAGUGGGAAAGAGUCUAUGGCUCGGUUAUGUAUUGUCCAUACAAGAUUAAUUCUUGGCUACUUGAUGGACUGGAGACCUAUGCCUAACUCUCGGAACUGUGUUGUUUCACCUCAUAGAAUAUCCUGAUUUUCAGGGUGAUUGGAAAGUUUUCUUUCUCUCCGUUUCUUGGAGUCAUAUGACUUUUAAUAAAAUUCUCAGUGAAUCCAACUCCUUUGGUUUUGCUUAUGUUUAUCUUUUUGUUCAUAUUGGUAUCCUGACUGGUAUCUAGGAAUUCGUGAAUAUUCUGUAACAAACUGUGCUAAAAAAUAAAUACCCUCCUAAGUGUUACCAAUUUCAUUUGAUAAUUGCUCAUCAUUGUUGCAAAAAAGUCAGAAUCAUUAUGAGAGCUCUUGCCAUAAGGAGUUUUAUUGUUAGGUGACAAUAAUUCAAUAAUAUGUAUUGUAUUUGGAGUAUCUCAUAUAAAUACAGCACAUUGUAUUUAAGGAAUAUAGAGUAGCUUACUAUGAAGACCCUAUGAAUUUCAUUGAAAGAAAUUAAAUAUUUCCUCUUUUAUGCUGUAGUUUCAUGUUUGUUAUAUCAAAAGUCUUUGGCUCCUUGGAAAUACAAUUUUGCCCAAAAGGCCAAAAUUUUGUUAGAUUUUACAAUGCCAGAGCAGAUACCAUUGUAACCUAUGUUGCUGCAUAAUAAAUGUGAAUUUUUUUAACUAAAAUUUUAUAUCUACUGCAGUGUACAGUUGUAUAUAAACUUGUUUUAUUUCUAUCAUACUCUUUAUCUCCAAGUUUUGUAAAUUCAUGACUUUGACAUUGUGCUGAGUAAUUUGAGGUUGUGUGUGUGUUUCUGUUACCGUGUUAUAUUCUAUCAUUCUCAAAAAGGAACUCAUUUCAUUUACCCGUCUGUAAAACAAACCAAUUGAAGAGAACAAUUUUGUAUGAAUAUUUUUUUUUUGUAAUAGGCUCUGAUAAUUAUAUAGCAAUCAUCUGCUUAUUGUCAGACCAUAAAUACAGCACUUUGGGAAUUUUCCAUAUUUUCAGUGUACAGUAUUUCUGCAUUGCAUGAAAUUUUAUUAAAACUAUCAGCAUUUUUUUUUAAUUUCCUUUGCUAAAAUGUCUAAUGGUUAACCAUCUAUUACUGGCCGUGUACACAAUGAGUCACAUUAAUGGCGCUGAAGAUAUGAUGACCAAAUCACAUAACAGAAAAUUAAGAAUUGACGAUGCUUCAGUCCAGGAAGGACCGAAAUAUUGUCGUUUCUUCAUUUCCUGAUGAGUGGUUUGGCCAUUAUAUUACUGGCCUUAUCACCAUGCUGGUAUUUAAUAAAGAAGAAAGUGCUUAAUGCCCUUUGAUUAUUUUCUCAAAUGUUGAUGCCGAACGUCUAUUUAUCCAAAUGGUAUUUGAUGUUAAUAUGCAUAUUAACAUUAAAUACCAUUUGUGUUUUAUUAAUUCAUAAUCACAUUUAUAAUGCAUAUUGUCUUUUUGGGAUAAAUGCAUUUCAAAGAAAUUACCAAGUUGAAUUUUUAAAACAGUUUGCUUCUAAAAUGUAUACAGACUGUAUUAUCCAAUCUGAGUCACUUUAGUGCCAUUUAUGUUGUAAAGUUUGUGUAAAUUAUUGAUGUUAUUUAUUUAAAAGUGCAUAGUUACCUUUAAGUUCAUGCUUGAAUGUUAUAAUACUAUAUGUUAAUUUUUGAAUACAUAAUCUGACAA